GUGCGGCGAUUGGGCGACGGUCCCUGAGCCUCCAGUUUCGUGUCGGUUUCAAGGCUCCUCCCUCCUGGUGAAAGACAGACUGCGGGGCGCCUGGAAACCGGUCGGAGGGCGCGCGAGGGAGAGGAGAGCGAGCGAGUUGAGGGAUUGACACAAAUGGUCAGGCGGCGGCGGCGGAGGAGGAGGCGGUGGAGCCGGGGGGAGCCGAGGCCGCUGGGCUGCGGGGAGUUGCGCGCUCUGCCGGGUCGUGACCACUAGCGCGGCGCCGCCAGUCAGGAGCCUGCGAGGAGAGGGCCGGGAAGGCGGGACGCGACCCCCGGCGCGCCGGAGCCACCCGGGCUCUCCCCGCCGCCGGCGCUACAUGAACCGCAAGUUUCCGCGGCGGCGGCGGCGGCUGCGGGACGCAGAGCAGAAGCCGGGGGAGCGGGUCCAGAGUGGCUGGGCUUCCACGGACGGUCCCAGCGGGGAUCCGAUCUCCCCGGACGCGGGAGGUGCGGUCGCCGCUCGCACCACGACCAGCCCCAACCGAGCGGCCCCAAGAAAGGAGCCGAGAAAGUAUGGCUGAGGAGGAGGCGUCUAAGAAGUCCCGGGCCGCCGGUGGCGGCGCAAGCUGGGAACUUUGUGCCGGGGCGCUCCCAGCCGGGCCGACCCUGAAGGGGAGCGGGGACGCCGAGAGCCACCGCCGCCGCCCAGCUGAUCCCGGGCGCUUGGCGCGCCGGCUGCUGCUGCUGUUUUGGCUUCUGGAGGCUCCGCUGCUGCUGGGGGUCCGAGCGCAGGCUGCAGGCCAGGGGCCCGGGCCGGGGCAGCAACCCCCGCCUCCGCCGCCGCCUCCGCCGCCGCAGCAGCAACAGAGCGGGCAACAGUACAACGGCGAGCGGGGUAUCUCCAUCCCGGACCACGGCUACUGUCAGCCCAUCUCCAUCCCGCUGUGCACGGACAUCGCCUACAACCAGACCAUCAUGCCCAACCUGCUGGGCCACACGAAUCAGGAGGACGCAGGUCUCGAAGUGCACCAGUUCUACCCGCUGGUGAAGGUGCAGUGUUCGGCCGAGCUCAAGUUCUUCCUGUGUUCCAUGUACGCUCCGGUGUGCACCGUGCUGGAGCAGGCGCUGCCGCCCUGCCGCUCCCUGUGCGAGCGCGCGCGCCAGGGCUGCGAGGCGCUCAUGAACAAGUUCGGGUUCCAGUGGCCCGACACUCUCAAGUGCGAGAAGUUCCCCGUGCACGGCGCGGGAGAGCUGUGCGUGGGUCAGAACACCUCAGAUAAAGGGACUCCGACGCCGUCGCUACUGCCGGAGUUCUGGACCAGCAACCCCCAGUACGGCGGCGGCGGAAGUCACCGCGGCGGCUACCCGGGGGGCGCCGGCUCGGCGGAGCGCGGCAGGUUCUCCUGCCCGCGCGCCCUCAAGGUGCCCUCCUACCUCAACUACCACUUUCUUGGGGAGAAGGACUGCGGAGCACCCUGCGAGCCCACCAAGGUGUACGGGCUCAUGUACUUCGGGCCCGAGGAACUGCGCUUCUCGCGCACCUGGAUCGGCAUCUGGUCGGUGCUGUGCUGCGCCUCCACUCUCUUCACGGUGCUCACUUAUCUCGUGGACAUGCGGCGCUUCAGCUACCCGGAACGGCCCAUCAUCUUCCUGUCUGGCUGCUACACGGCCGUGGCCGUGGCCUACAUCGCGGGCUUCCUCCUGGAGGACCGCGUGGUGUGCAACGACAAGUUCGCCGAGGAUGGGGCGCGCACGGUGGCGCAGGGCACCAAGAAGGAGGGCUGCACCAUCCUCUUCAUGAUGCUCUACUUCUUCAGCAUGGCCAGCUCCAUCUGGUGGGUGAUCCUGUCCCUCACCUGGUUCCUGGCGGCCGGCAUGAAGUGGGGCCACGAGGCGAUCGAGGCCAAUUCGCAGUAUUUUCAUCUGGCUGCCUGGGCAGUGCCAGCCAUCAAGACGAUCACCAUCCUGGCGUUGGGCCAGGUGGACGGCGACGUGCUGAGCGGAGUGUGCUUUGUGGGGCUCAACAACGUGGACGCGCUGCGUGGCUUCGUGCUGGCGCCCCUCUUCGUGUACCUGUUCAUUGGUACCUCGUUCCUGCUGGCCGGCUUCGUGUCACUCUUCCGCAUCCGCACCAUCAUGAAGCACGAUGGCACCAAGACGGAGAAGCUGGAGAAACUCAUGGUGCGCAUCGGCGUCUUCAGUGUGCUCUACACCGUGCCGGCCACCAUCGUCAUUGCCUGCUACUUUUAUGAGCAGGCCUUCCGGGACCAGUGGGAACGCAGCUGGGUGGCCCAGAGCUGCAAGAGCUAUGCCAUCCCCUGCCCUCACCUCCAGGGAGGUGGAGGUGCCCCGCCACAUCCCCCUAUGAGCCCCGACUUCACAGUCUUCAUGAUCAAGUACCUUAUGACUCUGAUCGUGGGCAUCACGUCGGGUUUCUGGAUCUGGUCGGGAAAGACACUUAACUCUUGGAGGAAGUUCUACACCAGGCUCACCAACAGCAAACAAGGGGAGACCACGGUCUGAAACCCGGGACUUGGCCCCAUCCCCCAAAAGCCGGCCCAUAGGAAAUCUCUGCCUAGCCAGCUGCUAGAGCGUUUCUCACUAGGCACUCACUUUCGCAGGCCCUUUCCAGCAGCCAACUCCUGCAAAAACUUCCAUCCCUAGAGCAAACAGACAUGAGGGCUCCACUGCCAGAGGGGUAUGGACUGACCUCUCUUACUGGUACCAGGACUGUACGCUUUUAUGAUUGUAAAUAGCCUGUGUAAGAUUUUUGUAAGUAUAUUUGUAUUUAAGGACAACCGGUCACGUGUUUUUGUUUUUUGUUUGUUUCCUUUUUAAAGUUUUAAUGUUGGGGGGCGGUUUAACCAUUGGAAGCUUUUCUCCUUUGCCUUUUUUGGAGGACUGCAGAGGAAGUAAAGUGGAGCGCACCUUUGCAUGCCCCUCGCUGCAGUAGGUGAAUGGCCUGCUGGGGGACCCCCCUCCUAUGCGGAGUUCAGCACUGCAGGGGUGCAAACUGGCUCCCCCAGGUCACUCCCCAUCUCCUACCCCUCCCUUCCCUUCCUUAAGGGAACUUUAGGUACCGAGCUCCACAGUGCAUCCUGAUCCAAAGGUGGAUGGGUCCUUGCCCAUUCUAGUUCCUCCCUGGUUCCAAGACUUGUCCCUUGGACUUCCUGAAGCUGCGUUUUGGGGAACCUUCCACCAAACUAGUUAUCGCUGGCAUUGCCCUGCCUCCCUGCCUCCCUUCACACUAGUGUCUAAGGCCUAGGUCCUCCCUCCUUCCACUUAAGUUCGUUAGAGGAUGAGUCGAAUAACCAUUGCCAAACUUUUAAAGGUUUUUUUUUUUUUGGCUGAAUGAGCUCAUUUCACUCCCCAGUGUCUCAAACUUGCAUGGGUUUGGCCAGCGUCAUGGAAAGAUGUGGUUACAGAGAUUUCGGAAGAGCAUGAAGCUUUGUGUGGGUUGGGAGAGUGAAGAAGGGGGUAUAAAAUGGCAGUUCUGUUGGUACAUGGAUGUCUGGCAACCUGCCUUUAAGAGAAGCAGCUGCGUUUAGAUUUUUCCCUUCUGUAAAAUGGAAAGCUUUGUGAAAGAGUGCAACUUUGCUUUUCCUAAUAGGACAGCAGAACCUAUAUAGAAUAGGAAGACUUGGAGAUUUCAGUGUAAUGAAUUUCCUCAACACGAAGUGCUAUUUUCUUAUUGUAAUCAAAUGUUAAUUAGACAUAUAUAAGAAAAUUUUAAAUGUAAAAGUUGUACACUCUCAACAUAUUCCGAUUAUUACUCAGCAACACAUUGUGAAGGAGGACCCAUCCUCACCACCCAUUAUAACCUGGUUAAAUGUCAGGAGGGGAAAAGGAGUGAAAGGAGGUGGGAUCAUUGAUGGGGUCAGGUCCUGAAAGAAACAAAUAGGGGCCUGCAUGCUAAAGAGAAAUGUAUGCAGGUCUAUUGUUCAAUCUUGUGUGCUCCUUUUGCGAUCUACAGGAAUGUGUCAAAUGUAAAUCUUUUAAAGCCAUUUCAGAAUAUUAUUUUAGUUCUCUGUGAAGAAGAGGAGAAAAGCAGUCCUUCUGAUUGUAUAGUUUUAAACUUUAAGAGUUUAUUCAAAUGCCGGUCGGUACAUAGGACCUAAAUUUAUUAUGUCUGUCAUGCUCUAAAAUGACAUUGGUCUUUGAAUUUGGUAUGCAUUUAUUCUGUUCACUAUCACAAAAUCAUCUAUAUUUAUAGAGGAAUAGAAGUUUAUAUAUAAAUAUAUAUAAUACCAUAUUUUUAAUUUCGCAAAUAAAAAAAUCAAAGUUUUGUACAAAAUUAUAUUGUUUUGUGCUUGACAAUAAUAGCGCUUGAACUGUC